AUGAAGAUGGGUAAUUGGAUGAUUAUUCUUUUAUCAUUCAUGAGUUUGCUGAAAGAGUUUAGCUUUGAUGAUAUUGAUCGUAAAUUCAUGGUACGUCAAAUCAAGUUUUCGAGUUAUUUAUCCAACUUUCCUCAAAUUGAAGAAUCACCCAACUAUGUAUUUUCUCCUGUAAAUUUGGAAAUAGCUUUGAGUAUACUAAACAUGGGAUCCAAGAAGUGCGCUGUAUCUAUCCAAGGCUUAUCGAAAAAAUUUCAAUACUUUAAAAUCUCUAAUAUGCUUAAAGCUUUAAAAGGAAAGAAACAGGAUGGAAAUUUGACCCUAAAGAUGAAUAAUGACAUAUAUGCCAAAGCGAAUAUGGAAUUAAAUUUGGAAUAUGUGAAAAAUGUCAGUAAAUUUUUCGAUGCCUCUGUAGAAUCGGUAGAUUUUCAAAGAGAUUUGAAAAGCGUAAUAAAUAAGAUUAACGAAAAAGUAUCAAAAAAUACGAAUGGAUUGAUAAAGGAUUUAAUCAAGUCUGACCAAGUAGAUCCCAGCACCCAACUCAUGUCUGUAAAUUCUCUUUAUUUCAAAGGCCUGUGGAAGCAACCUUUUGAUAAGAAAAUGGUAAAUAUGCCUUUUAGGGAUAAAUCGGGAUUUAACCUAAGCAUUCCUAUGUUGAGAGGCAAGGAUAUGAGUCUAUUAAUAAGUGGUGUCAAUUCUUUAAAGGCUCGAAUUAUUGUCAAGGAUUAUAUUGACGAAGAUUUCAAACUGGUUUUAGUGCAGCCUUAUUCGAAUAUCUCAUUAUCUAUGGUUGAGAAAAAUAUUAUUAGAUAUCCAAAGAAAUUCGUAGAUGGAAUAGCGAAUGCAUCUGAAAUUAUAGGAUUUCUUUACAUGCCAAAUUUUGAUGAAGAAUUUGAGGUCCCAAUCUUAGAUAUGUUAGCCAAAGAUCUCAUAUGUUGGAAAAAGGGUGGUAUGGACAAUAUAGAAAAGGGUUCACAUUUGGAUCUAACUCAGAUAAAUCAUAAAGUUAAAUUGGAAAUAACUGCUGAAGGCUCUAAAGGUGCUGCCGUGGUACAGUCUAGCAUAAUAGGUCGUAGUCUUCAGCUCCCGCCUAUAAUUAGAAUGAACAGUCCUUUCUUGUUUUUUAUAGUUCGUAUAGAUGGUUCCAUAUUGUUCAGAGGUCGAUACUCGUCUCCAAAUAAUAGGAAAUUAAUGCCAGUUUUGCACCGAUAA